UAUAUAUAAAAUGGGCUCUAAACCUACAGUUCCUGAAUCAGUUAAAUAAAUGAGUACAAAGAAAGACGCAGAAUUUUCAAUUCAUAUUGUCUAUUGCAGUGGAUGAGGAUAUGGCUAGUUCUACAAUUUCUUUGUCGAAUGUUUAUCAAUUAUCUAUCCUAAUGCCAAGGUAACAGGUGAACAAACUCCAAAUGUAAAACAUUAAAAUAAUGAUUAGGUUUCCGGAUAUUUUGAAAUAGAAGUUACUAAAGGAGGUAACAAAUAAGUUGUUCAUUCAAAAAAGAAUGGCGAUGGCAUCUUUAAUGAGAAAACUUGCCAACCAAUUUUAGAUAAAUUAAAGAAUUAUGUUGAGGCUUGAAAGUCUCUAAUAAAAUGAGAUAAUAUAUUGAAUUGGUACAUUGACCAUGAAUGAAGAAACUAAGUUUAAAUAAAAAAAAUUUAUUUUCUGAAGAAACCCAAUGAUUAAUGUUCUAAUUCUUAUAUUAUAAUUUAAAAAUAU